AUGGAAAACAUCAAUUCCUUUGCAGUGGAAUCGUGGACAUACUCUAUUCUCAGCACUGUCUUGAUUAUUGGUAGGAUCGCUCUGCGAUGGAGGACCCAGUCGUUUUCCGGCUUGUCCGGCGACGACUUUCUCAUGGCUGCUGCAAUCCCGCUUUCCAUGGCCGGAACCGCGGCGUCGUACAUUAUCGAAGCAGAAAUGCACGGCUUGGCGAAUAACGGCCUGACUCCCGAGCAACGCAAUGCCCUAGAUCCGGACAGCGACGAGUGGCGCUUAAGGGUCAAGGGCUCCCAGACCCAUCUCGCCGGCUGGCUUCUCUAUACGUCCCUGCUCUGGAUACUCAAGCUGUGCUGGCUCUUCUACUAUAGACGACUCGGUGAUCGUGUAGAUCGCAUGACUCUCAAGGUUACUCUCGGAUUUUCAUUUUGCGCCGUUACCUUCCUUGCGGUCUUGUUUACCAUCCUAUUUGGCUGCUGGCCCGUUUCAAAGCACUGGCAAAUCAACCCCGAUCCUGGGAACUUCUGCUAUCCGGCUAUAUCCGAACUCCAGGCGUGGACCGUGGUAUGCACUAACCUAACGACCGACUUAUACAUCAUGACGAUCCCCAUCCCAAUGAUUUGGCGUGCUCGCAUCUCGAUGAUGAAGAAAUUCGGUCUCGGCACCAUGUUCUGUGGUGGACUCAUCACUAUCGCUUUCGGCGCCGCCCGAUGUAGCCUGAUUCUACAGGACGACUCUAAAUCUGGAGAAUCUGCCGCACGGUGGUCGGACCGUGAGACCUUUGUUGCCAUCAUCCUCACCAACGUCCCCGUUCUCUUUCCGCUUAUACGUCAAUAUUUCCGGCAUACUAAGAACGUCUCUUACCGUGGCUAUAACGGCACCAACGGCGAUUCAAUCCGGUCCCGCAGCAAAGGCGGUGUCGUCUUAGAGCUCCCAACGUUAUCUGGGGAGAGCGCCGCGACCGCGAGAAAUAAGCCAAAGAGCCAGAAAAGCCUACCCACCUUUACGCGGUAUGGGCAUAAUGAGUCAGAGGAAGCAAUCAUCGGGAUCCCAGCCCACGCGACGUAA